CGUGCGUGUUAGUAAGGUGUUGGUGUUUGGAUGCAAUGUUGAAGAAUUAGAGCGAGAGGAUGGCUUGAUGGCUCUGGAGUUUGGUGGUUUACCUGUCAGGAACAUAUGGCUGCGAUUUUGCCAGUAAUAUCGGAGCAGACGCAUGAUGGUUUAAACGGCCAGAACCAGUAUAGCGACCCCCUAAGCUACGGGGGUCGCACAACCAGUGGGUAUGGCGGCCGAACUGGAGCUGGGACCAGAGGAUAUUCUUCAUAUGACGGCGGCGGUGGCGGCGGCGGCCGUUACUCCUCACGUACGUACGGAGGCGGUGGCAGCAGUUAUGGCGGCGGUGGAGGUUACACCAGUGGUGGCAGCGGUGGGUUAGGGUCUUAUCGUAGCUAUGGAGACCUCACAACUUCAUAUGGUGGUGGUGGUGGUGGUGGGACUACACGGACUUACGGUGCCGGGGGUACGACCUACGGCACAGGACUUGGGAGAUCUUCCAGUUACGGUUCCUUAGACAGAUAUGGAAGUAAUAGUUCACUGGAUAGAUAUGGUAGUUCAGGUGCUUUGAACAAAUACAGCGGUGGUACCACCCCCAGAGACAGGUACUCCACCGGUUACGGGGGGUAUGGAGGGGGGUCAAGGGAUAGAUAUUCAUCUUUAGAUAGAACAUCAAACCGCAGUGGUUAUUUAUCAGACUAUGGGGGAAGUACCCGGUCGUACGGCAGCCUGGAUCGGGCGUCGUCUCGGGGUUCGGACUAUGGCGGAGCUCGUGGCUACCUCUCACAACCCACCAGCCGGGAUCCCUCACCGGCUGGGUAUUCUAGACUUUCACGGUACGAUCACACUAGCACUCCAACAUACUCAGCGCGAGAUAGGACUUACAGCACCAGUAGAAAUGAAGAACCGACAAAAUCAAAAGAUUCCGGACGAGAUUCGGGGUCUUACGCCGGAAGUUAUGAUCGCCAAGCCUCGACGGCGUCGGCCAGAGAGGCAGGGAGCUAUAGUGUGGCCAGCCAGCCGUCACGAGAGUUAACUCCCUACUCCCGGCAGUUAUCAAGUCAUUCCACCCACUCUGCGCCUGCGUACACUGGUAUGACGCGACAGCUCUCCAGGAGUUCUCUUGGAGAGACAGAUGACGAGAAAUCAUCCACACGACAUACCCCUUUUACGCGGGCGCCGUCUUCUGGUUCAGACUUUGCCAGUGACAGCGGCGGCGACUCAGACGACAGAAAAACACACGUGAUAUGCAGAGGUACAUCUCCAGUCGACUUCGACAACGAGCCAACGAACGCACGCAGACGGCGCCGAAGAAGGCGGGACAGAGACGAAAGUUCCAUUUCACAGAAAAGGCGACGAUCGUAUCUGAAAAAAGAGACCAACGCUCGCAGGAGACGAUUCAGGCCUAAUAGACCCCUGACAAUAGACUGUGCUAGUCAAACUGAUUUUAAAGAGCCCGAUUCCGUAGCAGGCGAUAUCGGGCCAGAUUCGUUCUAUAAAUACUAUGAUAAAUACGUAACGCAGAAUUCCAUUGAUUCUCCCACCUCCUCCAAUCCUCCUUCUCGACAAAUAAGCCAAACGGAAGAGAAAAGCUCUUCUGGCAUCUCGCGGCAGACGAGUAGAACCGACCGACCAUCUCUCACUCAGGACAUGGCUGACGAAGUCCCCUCAGAAACAUCGUGGCGGGACCAAGUUUACGGAAAACCUCCCCGCCCGCAAAGAUCUACUUCCAGACAGGAUUCCACGGAUGAGAGGCGACGGCGACGGGCACGUGAUCAGCAGCGUGACACCACGGAAACGGAAGAGGAGGACAGUGUUUCUCACAGACGCCGCAGGCGGCGUGAACCAUUGACCAGUACUCCCAAGAAUUCCACAGCAGACGACUCCGAAUAUGCAAGUGCCGCUGAAGGACAGACGCCAUUCAUAUUCAGACGUCGGGGAUCGCGCGCCUUCUUUGAUGACGACGCUGACGCAGCGGAACAAGAAGAAAGCGCAAAUCGUAGACGGCGGUUCUCGAGAGAUUUUAGAGACGAUGAAGAGGACUCCCGCCCACCCUCCCAAAGCUCUAGACGACACAAGUCAAGUAGAGAUAACAUCAACCCUGACUUGUUUAUUUCGGAACCAGAGCCAGAACCUGCUGAACCAGAGUCCCCCUCCGUGCCCCCUGUGGUGCCACUUACCCCAGAAACUCUAAGCUUACGCGAUAGCAUCGAAAAGGUGAAAUCGUGGAAGGAGCAGCUGGAUACGCCGGCAGAGCAGGUGCUAAGGAAGCAAAUUGCUGAAAACCAGGGGAAAGUAACUCCGCAGUCAAGCCCGGACGACAGCGCCCCAUACAAACCAAACAGACAGAGAAGAAAGGACUCCGUCGAGUCCUUGUCAGCCUCGGAACGCAGAACAAGGGGUUCCAGAUCACCACGGUACUCGGAAGAUGGUAAAGACGGUUCAACUGAAAAUGUAGAACAAGCAAAGAAAAAAUCUCACUCGAGGUCGUCGAGUAAUUCUUCCCACCAAAGUGAACGGAGAUCAUCAAAAGCGUCCAGACAGAAUAGUAAGGAAUCAGAUCGUGAUAAAAGGGCACUGCGCUUGUCCAAAGUGAACAGUGAGGAGAGCGAACAAGGAGUGAGAUCACCAAGACCCUCUGCCAGUAGCAGGGAUACAACCCCACCACCCUUCGAGAGAGAAAUUUCUCCAAACGUUGAAGCUCAACGUAAAAAGAAACCUAAACUAGAUUCCAUCUAUGGUUCCAGAGACAGCGUUUUUACCUCACAAGACGAUGGAGGGCCGCCGAAUAAAAACCAUAGAAAAUCUGCACUUAACAGGGCAGACGAUGAAAAACGCCAUAGACACCGUACCCACAGCGGUCACCAAUAUAGAGAAGAUGAAGAUAUAGAGCAUGGUGGUUCUUCUGAUGCAUUUUCAAACGAUAUAUCAAUAGGGAAACACAAAGGAAGAAGAUCAGGUCAUCGAACCAAUUCUCGCGAGGACCUGUUAGAUUCUCGCGAUUCUUCACAGUCAUCUCGACAGUCUUCCCGCCAGAGGUCCUCAGGAAGCAGAAGAAGCCGAUCCCACUCCCAGGAGGAUGUUCUGGACUUAGAUGACAGGCGCUCCAAGGGCAAAUCAAGCGAAUCAAAGAAAAGUAGAUCAAGUUCCCGUGAGGAUGUCCUGAGCGACAAGAGAUCGUCAGGAAGCAGGAAGACAAGUAGGUCAAACUCCAGGGAAGACAUUCUAUCCCCUGGCAGCAGAAAAAGCAGUAGCAGAUCAAACUCACGUGAGGAUAUUCUGCACGUGCCAGGCAAAAGCAGGACACGCAGGCGAGACUCUGGCCCUCGUACAUGCACUGUAGAAACACAGACGCUAUCAUACGAGCCUGAUGAAGACAGUGUGUUAGAACGGAUGAAAUGGAAAUCCAGGGAGGACAUGUUUGAAGAUCUAACGACAAAACAAACACAAACCCCUCCAUGGCACGGUACUAUAUAUGUUAACAACCUUGUGGAUUUAGACGAUAAACAGCCACUUGAACGGUCUGUUUCUUUGCAGGCCGAGACUGAGCUAGAGACACACACCAAACAACCCUUAAGGUGUAGCUCUGUCGAUGACUUGCUGAACGUUGAGACCGUUGAAAACACAAAGGCCGAAGAUGCCGUUUUGAAAGACGUCCCAAAUGUAUUCCAGAAAGCAGUAUCCACCUCCACAGAUGACUGGGUUCUUUUUGCACCGCAACUCAAUGGUGCCCAAAGAAAGAGAGAGGGAUCGACUUCCAGUGAGUUUAAUCUCAUCGACCUAAACUCGCCGCGUUCUUCGUCUAUGUCAACAUCGAGACGCAGUUCCCAGUGUCACCUAAAUGAUUUAGCAGACAUCGUGUGGCCAGUAUUAGAGAUUCACGAAGACGGGGACAACGAGUCACAAAAACUUCGCACGGCAGAGGAACGUGUCUUGGCCAGUGAUGAUGAUAUAAAAUUAGAGGCAUCUCCUAUUGAUACUGAUGACCAAGAAAUGAAAACUGCAUCCGUUGAGGAACAGGAGCUUGAAUCUGCAACCACUGAUUAUACAGAAGACCUAGUUAAAGAAGAUAACACCAAGGACAAUGUCAUCUUCACUGUAGAUCCAACUGAAGCACCUCAAGUAGGAUUAUAUGUUGAAUGUGACUUAAUAGCUGAAGAUGCUGGAGCUGAGCAACUUGCAGCUGUUGUGGAAAAAGAAUUGGAGUCUCCUUCUGUUCAAAAACAAACCGUUGCUGAUUUAGUUGAAAACGACAACACAACACUGCAGGUCGCAACUUCAAAGGAGCCUGAAUUUGAGAAACUAUCUAGUGAGCAAAGUGCCUCAGAACUGGUAAUGGAACCGCGAAAAGAGGACCGAAUACAAUUGGCAACUGGCGCGGUUGAUAACCUAGAACAACCACCCGAUGCAGUGAAAGAUAUAGUUAAUUUUGCCAUACCUCAGACAGAUGAUGACGAUACUCGGAUUAAAGUCGCCAGCAUCAGUGACGAUACAAUGGAAGAUGUGAGAGAGUCUGUCUCUGACGUGGCAGAUAUUGUGAUGGACGAUGACGAUAACUUGAAACGAGCUGUGACAGUGGACGAGGAUGAAGCUGAUGACGUGUUUACAGUAUCUGUUGACGUAGAUAGCCACAAGACGACCACGGAAGAAGAAGAGGUGGCUGGGGAAAAUAUGGUAAGGAUGGCUAGUUUGACUGAAGAAUGCGUCCCUGAGGAAGAAACCGUCCACUUGGCGGAAUCUCCAAUUGAGAAUUUAGGGGCUUCUGAAGAGACUGGACUUGAUGUCGAACUGUAUAUGAUGGUGCAAGAUGAACCAGAGGAUUCCAGUAUUAAAGAGACGCCCAAAGCUAUUGAGACAGAUGCCUCGCCUGCUCCUGAAGCAAGUGAAAACAAGGCACUGGACAAUAAGGAGAAAGAACUUAAUGACAGUCAUGAAAAACCUGAUGAUAUAUUAAAAGCGUUGUACUUCGCUGACGACGAUGAGGCAAAUAAGAGAAAAUCGGCAAAAUCUGAUUACUCUGACUUGGUUGGGUUAUUGGCUUUAUCAAAACUGGAUACGGGACUCGCAGAAAAUGACGUCUCAGUUAAAGAUCAAAAAGAGGUAUUUGAUAAAGAGCCGGUUCAUAAGAAAGAAGGUGAGGAGAUAGUAAAAGUAUCCUUGAAAGAUAAACUGAAGUUGAAGCAACUGGAAAAGCAAAAGAAAGAACAAGACCAACAAUCUCAACAGCAACAGAAAAAACAAGAAGAACAUCACGACGAUAAGAAAAUUCCAGAAGAAGCUAAACAACGUGAAAUUGUCUCUGAUCAAAAGGCAAAACCUGCGAAAGAUGUACAGCAACAACAAGACCAAGCAAAUCAGAAACAGAUAAAAAAAUCAGACGACGGUUUGGUAAAGGUUUCAUUAAAGGAUAAGUUGAAACCUAAGAAUAAUGAGAAAGUAGAGAAACCACCUUUGUCCCCGACUGCAGAACCUGUCAAGAUGCCGGAGCCGGUUGAGAUCAUGGCUGAACCCGUCAAACCCAUACAGCCUCCAACACAUGAACAAGUGUCUCUUGGCAAUAAUGAGUUACAGCUGGGUGAGGUUGAAGAUUUUGAUAGCAUCUUUAAAGAUGAAGAUGAAGAGUUCUUUGAAAAACGCAAGGUCGAGGAUGUUGAGGAUGAUGAAAUUAUUCGGCCCAAGCAAACACCUUUCAUAAUGCGCCGUAUGGAUACUCACCCAGCUACUGACCUGCCACAACAAAGCGAACAGGAACAAGAGAACGAAGAACAAAAAUACAGUUUGGCACACAUUAGACAUGACUAUGACGAAGAUUCAGACAGCGUGUUAAAGGAUGAGAAUGAAAAAGGGAAGCCUGAAGAUGGCGUUGCCAAACCGAAGCAAACUCCGUUUAUUAUGCGACAAAGAGGAAUGACCACUUCCAUGACCUCUCAAGAGGAUGAAGAGGAAAGAGAAGAUAAAAGAAAGAGCCAAGGUGAUAACAAAAGGAAGCGCCAGAGACCACAAGAGAGAAAGAUUCCCUUGGAGGAAAAGCAGAAAGACGAAAAGAAGGACGAAGAAGAAACUAAAGAUACUCGUUCAAGUUGGAGGGAUAAACUGAAAGAGGACGGGUGGUUUGACAAGGGGAAAAAGAAAGAGAAAACAAAAACAGAGACCAAACCAACAAGCACCAUUGCUUUUCAACGAAGUCGAUUUGAAGACAAAUUUUCAAGACCAACGCUAGAAGUUGGAUCGUCAAGGCGUGAGGAACUGAAAUCGUCACCCUCCAGGUCUUUAGAAUCGCCCACAAAAGACAAAAAACCCGGAGUCUCAGAUCGAUCUAGAAAACCAUCGGGGGAGAAAGCCAAAUCGACCCUAGAACCCUACAGUAGUUGGAAAGCAAGAAUGCAGUUAGGAAAGAGCGUUGAAGCAAAAGACGAUGAGCCGUUUGUGAGUUGGAAAGAACGCAAGCAGCAGGCGAUCAAAGCCGAACCUGCCCCUACCCCAACACCAACACCGGAACCGGCACAGGCACCGGCACCAGCAGCACCCGAAGAACAGAAAGAAACACGACGUCAGAGCUGGAGGGACAGAAUACCCGAACUAAAUAAGAAAGUAGACCAGCAAAAGGAAACUAAAGAGGAACAGGGCGAGGGGAAAAGACGACGACCAAGUCGCCAGGAUGACAAAUCUGAUGUUAGGAAAAGUCGGCUGAAUAAAGAAGAGCAGAAACAGGAGGAGAUGUCAGAGGCCAGGAAACGGCGACUUAAUAAACAGAGGGAACAAGAAAAAGAAGAGCCAAAAGAACGCUUAAGCCUCCAAGAUCGCUGGAUGAGGGGACGCAAAGAAAAGGAAGACAAAGAUGCCGCUAGGCUAUCAAAAUCUCCAGAGCCAUCAAAAGCACCAUCUCAUCUAGACGACAUUAAAAAACGCUACUCAAAAGUAGACACCAGAAAAGAUUCCGGACAACUGAAACCGAAACAAACACCUUUCCAACCGAAGUACCGGAAACCCUCCACGGCUACGGACGAUGAUGAGAUGUCCGAAUCGGGUCACCGUUCCCUUUCCCCGUAUGAUAACAUCAGAAGAAAACAUGGAGCAGCUGAAGAUAUCAAAGUCCAACAGAGUAGAUUUAGACCCCCGUCAAGCAGACGCGGUGCUGAAGAUCGGUCCCCUUCUCCCUAUGACAACGUCCAGUCAAGGCAAAGACUCAAACAAACUGAUAAUUUUACGGAAACAAAGGCGGCAAGCAAACAGGUGCCGACUUUAACAGUGCCGGAUGAAAAUCAAAACUACUCCCGGCUUACGCCACAUAAAACCGCCAUUCCUGCCCAUAUGCGCCACGCCCCGUCAAUGGAGAGUCUCUCCAGCGUUGCCAGCAGUGCACCCGGCUCAGUGUCGUCUUCCAUGUAUUCCGAGUCGGGUGCCGAGGACAACUGGAGUGCACCCGGAUCUCUACCAGGCCGGAGGCUGUCCGCUGAUUACUCUGGGGGCAUGAAGAGGUACGGUUCGGCGGGCAUGUUGCCGGACUUAGUGCCUAAGAACGAGCUUAGACCAUCCGAUGUUGACACAGAUACCGAGUCCGUGGACAACAGACGCAGUAAGAAAAUUGGUGGAUUUAUUGGACAAGUUCGUGACAUCGAUAGUUUGUUAGGUUUUAGUGAAGAUAACUUUUCUGACGAUUUCUCGGAUGAGGAAGAAGACAAUCUCAAUAAGACGGCUGUUGGUAGAACAAAGCAAUGGCCGCCACCUAAACCGGAGCCAAAGCAUGAAGAACGGAUGAACAAAGCGAACACUGCAAAAACUCAAAAACUCGCAGACCCGACUAAAACUCGACAGAAGGUACCGAGCUUGGACCAAAUGAUGGGUAUAAAACUGGAUCCCAGGGCUAUCACGCGAGCAAGUCAGUUUGGACUCCUCAAGCCCAGGACGUCAAACACUGAGGACGAUCUCAUGUUCAUCGGUGCGGCUCAUGAUAUUGAUGACCUACUCAAACCAAAGGCACCUCGCAUACGUGCCUCUGAAGCUCAGCAAGAAGUGACACACAGCAAAAAGGCGUUGCAAGACAGAUGGAUGAAAAACCAACCGAAACCGGAGGAAAAGAAAGCAGCAGCACCAGCGAAGAAACCCGGGAAGCUUUCAGGUUGUCUGGGGGGCUUACUGGACAAGUUUAACGCCCCUGCGCCUGCUGAGCCAGAGCCUAAGCCUUCAAAAGCACAGUCGAAGCGUAACGCUCUAAAAGGAAAGGAUAUCUAUAGUGCAUUCUACAUGAGCACCGUGGCUGAAGAAGAUGAGGACGCCAAAAACAGAAAUAACACUCCGGGUAAACUGCCCAAGACCGAAUCUACACCCAACCUGAUUGAUUCCCCGGUUCCCAGCCAACAGCACGGACUGCUGCAGCCCUCUGCGGCGGAACACAGCGCUUCCAUGACAAACUUGGACUCAAUUGGAAAGAAGAAAAAGAAAUCCAGAAAAAAGAAGUCGUUUUCUAUGGAAAACCUGGAAGAUUUGGAUACACUUUUGUCAAAGGUAACAGCAUCUCCGAAGGCUCGCAGAAGAGACGUAGAUGCGUUUGAUGUAUUUGAUAUGCUGGGGAAGGAUUACAGCGAAGAGGCAGAAAAAAAGAAGCAAGAAGAGGCAGCUGCAGGGAGCGAAAAAGCGGAGAAACCAUCUCCACAACUUCUUGCCGAGCCCAAAAGAAACAGGAGCAGAAGUCGAAGCAGGAGUCCCACGCCUUCCCGCAGAAACAAAGGGGGCGCUGACGACAAGAAAGAUGACGAAGAAGAAUUGCCUCCUUGGAAAAAAUGCUUGGAGGUUGUUCUUGAGGUCAAAGGUUUUGUCACAAUUAACGACCUGCUGAUCAUAUGCCAGAAACCAAAGCCAGACGAUAGUGAGCUGCCUGCGACAGAUGAUGGAUGGGAGGGGUUCAAGAAACUGAAUGAUCUUCUCGAUAACAUGGGAGUUGAUAUGAAGAAGCUUGAAGACUGUGCCCUCCAGCUGUUCAAGGUGAACCACUCUGGCCAGGGGGAAUGUGGCACCUACUUGGACCUGGACCUAGCCUUGGAAGAACAGUGGGAUGAGUUAGAGGGCUUCAAUGAACAACGCAAGAACACAAUAAUUCUUCGUACACAGUUAUCAGUCCGUGUUCACGCAUGUAUAGAGAAACUACUAAACUCAACAGGGAGAGAACUGAGAAGAGCCUUAUUCUCAUUGAAACAGAUAUUUCAGGAUGACAAGGACCUGGUGCAUGAGUUUGUGAACAGCGAUGGGUUGAUGUGUCUGAUCAAAGUGGGUUCUGAGGCCGACCAGAACUACCAGAACUACAUCUUAAGGGCCCUGGGUCAGGUUAUGCUGUAUGUGGAUGGUAUGAAUGGAGUGAUAGGACACAAUGAGACCAUACAGUGGCUUUACUCUCUCAUAGCAUCUAAGUUUCGUUUGGUUGUGAAGACGGCUCUCAAGCUCCUGCUGGUGUUUGUGGAGUACACGGAGUCCAACACCCAACUGCUCAUCAACGCUGUCAACGUAGUGGACGGGAAUAGAGUGCGGACAGAAAUAGAAGAGAUUGGUAUUGAUGAUGGGAGAGUAUCCACCCAUCCGCUAUACAUUUUCAUCAUGGAGACCAGUGAAGCAAACCUGAGUUUUACUGAACUAAGGAAUAUCUUAGCAGAGAAAUUGAACAUUAAGGGGAACAAGGAGAAGUUGAUUUUCAAAUGUAGAAACCCGUACUGUUCAUGCCCUGCUGUGGAAGGGAGUAGUGUCAUUGAUAGCCAAGGAGCUGAUGUUAUACAGCAGCAUCUCAAUGAAUGUGGCUUUCAGGAGAAUGCUGGUGCAGCCCCAUGUAAUGUGCACAAACGUGAUAGUGCCAACAUGCAAGACAACUAUGGGGCAGUUCCAUGUAACACUCAAAAUCUUGAAUGCACAGGUGGUCAAGAAAAGGAUAGUGCAGCUUUGUUUAAGUUUCGUUUGGUUGUGAAGACGGCUCUCAAGCUCCUGCUGGUGUUUGUGGAGUACACGGAGUCCAACACCCAACUGCUCAUCAACGCUGUCAACGUAGUGGACGGGAAUAGAGGAACGUUGCCAUGGACAAAUAUAAUGAACAUCCUGGACGAAAAGGAUGGAGGGGACUCGGAGCUUCUGGUUUAUGCUAUGACACUGGUUAACAAAGCCCUGAAUGCCAUCCCAGACCAGGACGCCUUCUAUGACCUGACAGAUGCCCUGGAAGAGCAGGGGAUGGAGAGGAUCAUCCAGAAGCACAUGAACAGGAAGGGUUCAGAUCUGGACCUGCUGGAACAGUUCCAACUUUAUGAGGCGGCUUUGAGGCACGAAGACGGAGAAGACAAUGUGCCGCAGCAAGUGGAAAAUAUUCGAAAAACACCUCGCAUUAAGAGUGAGGAUGACAGAAAGAGCCGUCGAUCAUCAUUUGGAGGCACUCCAGCCACUCCACCAACUAAACGUCGCGAGAUUGGAAAACUGCCAUCUCACAAAGAGGAAGAGACCAAAGAUAUGAGGAGAAGGACAACAGGCGAGCGUGGUUUUCCAGGAUUACAACGUGGUGACAGCGAUGAGGCGGGGCCAGAAGGUAGGCACGGGAGCAUGCAUAGACCGCAUUCCGUGGAAUCCUGCGACACCACGGACACGACACCUAAACAGAGUGCAUUUGACCCCUCCCGACGGCGACAACGAAGAGAGCGCCAGCGGUCUUUUAUAAAGGAACAAGAAAGCAGCACCGACUCCCCAGAUACUAGUCAUCUCGUCAAUGGUGACCGGUCCCACGCUAAUGCUACUGUAUCUACUGCUACUGUUACUACCACUCCGUCCAGAUAUACAUCCACAUACAAUGGUACCAGUAGCAGUAGUGGUAGCAUUAAUGGUGUGUCUGACCCGCCCCAUGCUAAUCAUUCCCACAGGCAACUUAACAAUCAUUCCAAAGCAGAUGAGCCGUUUACAAAUCGUCGCGGCAAAUUUGAGGAGUUGGCAUCCCAAGACAAACGGCUGCCGACCCCCAACAUCCAGCCGUUCCACAAACCUCAGGGCUCCAACGAGUCCGGCUACCAGAGCACAAAUGAACAAACAAACAAUUACUCUGAAAUGGAGAAUCGUAUGAACAAACGGAAUGAAUCUCGUAACCGCUUUGAUCAGAAGGCUGUGUCUCCACAGCAGCAACAACAAAGUGAACAACAAGAGGGCAGGGUGCCCCCUGGUGUUUCAAACAAUAAACGAUGGUUGUUGUACAAAAUGAAGUCGCGGGAUAGCAUGGACGAGGAUGAGGCCCCGUCACAGGAGGAGGAAGGAAAGAGCAGUGGAGGGAAUCUCAAUAAGAGCGCAGUGCAAUCAGUCGCGGACAGGUUCCGUCAGCCCCCUCAGGAGCCACAGCAACAGGAAGCAAAACCAUCGGCCCCUCGCGGGGAUGUUACAGGCCGCAUCACCAGCAUGCGUGAUCGUUUUGCUCGUUCUGGUGAUGCACCUAAAUUGAAUUCUUCAUCACCCGCCGCACCGUCACCUUCCACACCCAAGGGGGAUCAGGAUCUCCACUGGGAACAGCUGGAGAACAAUCUUCAGUUGAGACGUCCCCUAAGAAUCAAGGAGUUAGAUUUCACAGACUUAGGAGCCGAGGAUGACAUAGACAUCACAGCAGUUCUUGCUCCUCAAGGGAUGGGAGGGCCAGGGGUACCCCCACCCCCACCCCCAGGUGGCAUCCCUCCUCCACCACCCCCAGGUGUACCCCCACCCCCUGGUUUACCACCUCCUCCACCACCGCCCCCAGGGGGAGGUGGUAUCCCCCCACCCCCUCCGCCAGGAGGUGGAAAACCCGGUGCUAAUACCAUUAAGAAAAACAAGAAGACACUUAGGUUACACUGGAAAGAGGUGCGUGACACCAAUGUUCCCCCAGUUCUGGCGAAGGCGGGGACUGUCUGGAAGGGUCUAGUCAAAGUGAAGAUUGAUGAACAGAAACUGGAGCACCUCUUCGAGAGUCGGACUAACGAGCUUAAAGCCAAGCAAGCAAAGGAGGGAGCAAAGAAAGAAAUCAUUGUAUUGGACACAAAACGCUCAAAUGCCAUUAAUAUUGGUAUGACCGUCCUUCCACCGCCACGAACAAUCAAGACCGCCAUCUUGAAAAUGGACAGUGCAAUAAUGAAUAAGGAAGGAAUCGAGAAAAUCCUCUCCACCAUGAUCCCCACGGAUGAAGAGAAGAGCAAGAUUCUGGAGGCGCAGAUGGCCAACCCUGACACCCCUCUGGGCACCGCAGAACAGUUCCUGCUCACGCUGUCUUCCAUUAGUGAGCUGCAGGCACGACUGGAACUCUGGCUCUUCAAGAUGGAUUAUGAAGUGGUGGAACAGGAGAUAGCUGAGCCCUUGAUGGACCUAAAGAAUGGAAUUGAUGAAUUGAGAAACAACAAGACAUUUAAAUGCAUCCUCUCAGCUAUCCUGGCUGUGGGCAAUUUUCUGAAUGGUAUUCAAAGCCAGGGCUUCCAGUAUGACUAUCUUGCCAAGGUUCCUGAGGUCAAGGACACAGUUCACAAGCACUCGUUACUCCACCAUCUGUGUGAUAUAAUACUGGACCAGUUCCCUGACACCACAGACCUCUACUCUGACAUUGCUGCCGUCACGCGGUGUGCCAAGGUUGACUGGACAGAGCUGCAAGGAAAGUUAAACAAGAUGGAGAACGACUGUAAAAAGUCCUGGGAUCACUUGAGAACGAUAGCCAAGCAUGAUAGCUACUCCUUCUACAGCAUGAGAACAAAGUUGUCAGAGUUCCUGUCGGACUCUGCGGAGAGGAUAAUAGUGCUGAAGAUUGUGUAUCAGCGAGUACAGAACAGGUUUGUCAAGUUCCUGGUCUACAUGGGGAUUCCCAUGACGAGUGCUAAAGAGGCCAGAGUGUCAGAGUUCUGUAAGACGGUCAGCGAGUUUGCCUUGGAGUAUCGCACCACGCGGGAGAAAGUGCUACAACAGAGAGAGAAGAAGGCAAACAACAGGGAAAGGAAGAAAACCAGGGGGAAGAUGAUUGUUGAUACGGAGAAAUUUUCAAAAACCAAAGACCAACAACAAACCCCCCAGCAGCAGGCCUUAGGGAACAGACUGCAGCAGAAAGACAACCAAAGUGUGGACGCUUUAAAACAGAUCCUUGCCAAUGGUUAUACCUCAGAAACUGGGAGUGUGCGUGGGGAUAGUGCCAAACAUAGGAAGAGAUAUUCUGUUGAUUACGGACAGGCGAGAGAACGAGGCCGCAGCAUGGCCACAGACUCCGAAGUGUACGACACAGGAGACGAUGAUGAGAUCUUGGAGGCAUGUGUGAAGAGCGCAACGUCUGCACCCACGUCUCGCACUCCCAGGGAAAGGAAACGUGCACGAAAUCAACACAGAAAAUCAUUGAGGAGGACACUAAAAAGUGGAUUGGAUGAAGAAGAACAGCAGGUAUUGAGGCGGUAUAACCAGGAUUAUUACAAAUAGAAUGACACUGGUUUAGCAAGGACUACUAUUCAUAGAACAAUAUCGACAUAAUAACCAGGACUUGUAGAUCUACAUUGGUAUAACCUGGACUACUACAUAGGGACUUUUUUCUCUGAUUUGUGAUUUGAUCACAGUGCUUAUGGUGCCUAUAUGUGAAAGUGCACUGAACUUACCAAAUAUAACAUUGAGUAUAUUUACUCAGACAAGGAAAUGCUGUUGUGAUUUUAAGGGACAUCAUUUUCUCUGCAUGUCAUGGCAUUGCAUUGGUAGCCUUCUUGACAGCUUGGAUCUGAUUGGACACUAUUGAAUGUUAAUAGAUGUUAAGCCCAUUGUGAUUGGUGGAUUUGCUGUCUCCUAUGGCAAUGUGAUAAGGGGGUCAAUUGACAGUUCUCUCAAAUCAGAUUUUUUUUAUUGCCAGAUCUGUUUAGUAGACACUAGAAAUUAGAAAAACUAUAAUUGAACUAAAUUAGUUUGAACUGAGAACUGAAAAACUUGAUGAAGCAACAGUGGAAAAUUUAUCUCCUAUUGUUUAACAUUGGAAGAGAUGAUCUCGCAUUUACGCCAAAGACUAGAUUUUUAUAUGAAAUUAUGAUGGAGGAGACUCAAAAUUUGCAAUAUCUGUUAUGUUACUUGAUAAUCAAUAUGUGAAGUCCUUUGAAAAGAUGAGGGGUUGGAAUAGGGGAGAAGUUCCCAACAGUGCAAGAAAAACAGAAGUGAAAAAAGGGGUUUGCUUCAGUUUUCUGAACUCUGUACAGUGUUGUUGAUAUUGUAUUGAAGGAAGUCAGAUUAUGUUAUUAUAAUGCAGACACUUAUAACACAGUUGUUCAUGUUCAUAUAUAUAAAGUAUAUAAAUAUUAAUAUACAGAUAUUUACCUGAAAGUUUUUUGCUGCAGAUUCUCGGUGGCUCCACCUACUGAGUGAACUGAGACACAGAGCCGAGGAAAAACCUCGUAUAGAGGUCGCCACUGGUGUACAGCUGAUCAUGACCCAGUUGGUAUGCCAAGUUGCACUGGAUAUUUAUUAUAUAAUUAUUAUUAUUAUGUCUGUACUGAUACAUUUUUGUGAUGAUUCAUAAUCUCUACCAUAUUGAUCCUUAAUGCAGUAGAUGAGGUAUUGUUAUUAUUUCAAUUUUUAUAGACCAUGAUGGUGUAAAGCAGUUAUUUAAUUGUAAUUCUGAUACCAUCGUCAUUGUAAAGUAUUGAAAAUCUCACAUUGCAUCAAGCAAUCUGAUGUAUUUAACAAAGUCCAUGUUUUUGUUUAUAAAGAAUGUUUUGAACAUCAAAAAAACUGUUUUUCAUUGAAUGAAAAAGAUAAAUAAUGCAGAAGGCUUAAUAAUAGAUGCAAGGUUCAGAAAAUGGAGUAUUUAUCAUUGCAGCACAAUAAUCCUGUAACUGAAAAAGCAACUGUGCAAUGAUAUUAAUCAGGAUAGCCCCAGCAAGUAAACCCAACUUUUAACUGUAACAAUAUGGAAGUUGGAAAAUGUCCUCUUCAUCUUAUUUCAAGGAAUAAUACUUAACUAUGAAAGUAAGGCCAAUUUUUACUUCAUGAUAGAAUCUCGCAUUAUCCCUGGCAAUGUUGUAAAUAGUCAAGUUGCACCCUGUAUUGUAAGUCAAAGUACAAAACUGAUGUCAAUAAAGUGACACCAGAGAGCUCUAGUCGUACACUCUGACAAAAAAUUUGAUGCAAUUUGUGUGAAAUUGUACUAAUUGGACAUUAUUAGUCACAUGCUAAUCCACUUCUGACUUUCAUCAUCCAUUUACAAAAUAAUUAUGCCCUGGUAGAGAAAGGGAUGGUGGAAUUUCAACUACUUUAUUCAAGUAGUUUCACAGAUAUGUAUUUCCAUAUGCCCUCUGUACAAUACCUUUCAGCAGUUCCUUGUCUUAAGCAGGCUUUGACAAAGUCAGUAGGAUGUAAUUGCUACAAAAUAAUUUAUUUGUUGUAAAAUAACUCUGUAAUAUUAACAGAAUCAAAUGUAGGAGAAGACAAAUUUAAGUUCUUCUCUCAAACUGUUCCCAAAUGUAUUAUAUUGACAUUGAAACCAUUCACCCUGAGUUUAACCUUGACCAUCAGCUUGACCUUGACCCAGAUACAAUAAUUAAUACAGUGGUGUUGUCCAAGAAGUUAUAUCUCUUUAUAACUUCUUGUGUUGUCUUUCAGGUUGACCUUCAAACUGAAAGAGACUGACAUUUCUUUUAUUCUGCUAGUUAUUUUAACUGUUUCUUAACAUGAAAUUUUGAACUGUUCAUGUACAGUCUUAACUUUUCGCUGGGGUUAAAAACAUCGCCUAAAGAUGGAGCCACAAAGGCAUUAAAAUAAAAUUAGAUUUUUUAUUUCGAGACUCGGAUCAUUCGGCGGUUCUUGCCAUCCAGAAUAUUUCUUUUGGUCAAUGUUGACGGUAAGAUAUAUCAAUUUUGUCACACCUGCAUUCGCAAUACCGAUACAUGCUUUUGUUUGCAGAAUUAUUCAAGACCUAUACCGCGGUAGUUUAGCAAGUAACAAUGCGCCCAGGGUUUUUUCAGUAUAGAGUGUCUUUAAGGAGUUCCUACAGUUGCUUUUACGUAAGUGUUGCUGUAGCAUUAAUCAUCUUUGUAGACUAUUCAGUAUUGUUAAUAGUUCAUAAUUGGAGUGAUAUAACAGACGUUUUCUGUCAAAUUCACAUUUCAGAAUAUUUAUUCUAUCAGUUCUUGGUGGGUGUAACGGAAUUUAAUAAAGCUGCAGUAGAAAUGGAUUAAUUAAUCUGAUACCAUAUUUCAGGCUUUCUCGACGAGACAAGAUUUUGUUCAAUAUUAUAGGCCUUUAAUUCAUUUCAUUACAUCAUAAUGCAUUAAUCAUUAUUUCCAUUAUUACGCUUCACCUGUGGCAGUAGUGACAAUACAAAACCAGUAUGCCUGUAUGAAAUGCCUCAUUUAUUAAAUACAUGGCGCUUUGCAAUGUUGGCUCAACUCUUUUCACUAUUAAUUUUCACCAGGGGUGUCGUGUUUUGCCUUCAUAAUGCCAACUAAAGUAUGACAUCGGACUCUUUGUUUAAUAUACACCACAUAUACAAGCUUGGUAUCCUAAUUGCAAAGGCACCGAUAUCAAUUACCAUUGCAAUUAUUUGUAGGCACAAUAAUGCAAAAGAGGUGUCAUUGUCGUUUUGACAUUUUGGUGACACUGGCUUUGGCAUCACCAGUACUACAUGAGGACACUGUAUUCACACUACUGACAUAUCUUAUUGAUAUUGAUAAGUUUUUGGCAUUACAUUUGUGCGCAUUUCGCCUACUUCACAUACAUAAAUGUACAUUAAUAAAUUGU